AUGUCGUACGCAUACCUCUUCAAGUACAUCCUCGUCGGCGACGGCUCGCGGUUCCAGAUCGACCAGCCUACCACCAUCGGCGUCGAGUUCGGGUCGCGCACCAUAAGCAUCAACGACAGGCGCAUCAAGUUGCAGAUCUGGGACACCGCUGGGCAGGAGCGCUUCAGGUCAAUCACGAGGUCCUACUUCCGGGGUGCAUGCGGAGCUCUGCUCGUCUAUGACAUAUCUCGACGUGACACAUUCGACCACGUGGCAAACUGGUUGGAGAUGUUGCGGGAUUGCAGCGGGGCGGAAUCGACAAUGAUGAUUACGCUGAUCGGCAACAAGUGCGACUUGAAAUGCCGCGAGGUCUCGUACGAGGAGGGCGCCAAGCUUACCCGUGAUCAGGGCCUUAUCUUCCAGGAGACCUCUGCCAAGUCGGCGCAAAACGUCGAGAACGUCUUCAUAGAGAUGAGCAGGAUAGUCUACGAGAACAUCCAGAACAACGUGUACGAUCUCAGCAGCAAUAACUGCGGCGUCCAGGUUCCGAGGCUGGGACUCACUAAGUCUCACCAGAGAUGA